GUAUUGAAUUACCCCAGCUGUCGAGAUAUAUGAAAAUCCAAACAGUUUAUUGCCAUUUACAACUUGUAUAACGCUGAUGUCUGGUAAAGAAUUGGGUGGAAAAUUUCAUCGAAAAUUUUCAGUUAUUUUGUCGUAGGAACGGAAUAUAUUACGAACGUCUGCAUAGGAAUAUUUGUUUUUUCCGCAGUUACGCACAAAUGUGAAUAACAAGUGUUUAGCAAUCCUAUGAGUAACAGCUUAAUUUGGAUCGAUGAUGCUUGAAGGUUGAUAUAUGUGGAUUUGGUACCAAAGUAAAUAUGGCACAAGAAAUGUUAGAAUCUUUGAGCGAAGCCGAAAGGGCACAAGUUGCUGAUCAAAUUUUACCGGGCAUUUAUGUAUUUUUGGAUAAAUUACUGGUGAAAGAACAUAUUUCAGAGGAAUUGGAAUCGUUAAGGCAAAGCUAUGUUGCAAUUUUACAAUGUUCUUACACGGAAUCUCCGCAAAUCGUGCGAAAGAACGUCGACCAACUCGCCGAGUCCUUCGAUUUGAAAUAUGAAGCAAGCGAUAAAUCUGGCAGGUUUGGACGCAUUCGCGAAAAGAGGUUAAUAAACAUUAGACAGUUUCAUUUCAAACAAAAUCAACGGAAACAGGAACGUCGAAACAAGAUGGAUGAUAACAGGUUGGCGGUGCAUACCGACGACGAAAGCCGACUCAUUCCGAAGUCGAGCAAAAAGACAAGAGCGACCACGGAUAGCGAAGACUCGGGACAGGUUAAUUUAGGCACGGACGACGAAAAUCGAAACCUGACGGGCACCGACGAUGAACGACGAGUCAGUACGGGCGGGGAGAGUUUUGUGGAACUUUCAAAUAGUGACCUCACCGGCCAAAAAUAUUCAAAAGUAACGAACUCGAAUAUAAACCAAGGCAACCUGUAUUGUAAAGAAAUUGAUGGUCUAAGACAGAGAUGGAUUGUUCUGGAUGGGAGCGUUUUAAAAUGUUACAAAAAACAAAAUCAGAAUCUACUUUUUGAGGUAAACUUUUCCGAUGGUGGAUAUUCAGCCAUUCGAGGACGCAUUGGCAAAAUGUUUGCGAUUAGACUCUCGGGGACAAAAGCAUCGAGUAGUCAUCUGUUCGCGUCGCCCAAAGUGGAGACUAUCGCCUCCUGGAUGAUCGCAUUUAGUGGAGCUGGUGUUCGCCUCCAGGACGAAAUAUUACGCGAGGUCUCAAUGAACCAUCAGAACAACAAUAAGGUGAAAUGGUCAUUGGACGAUCGAAAUUUCUCAGGAAAAGACGAAUUUCGACGGAGUGAACUCCUGGAAGCCUUAGAAUUCAUAGAACGCAGUCGCAGUCCGUGCAUUCUCCCGAAACGCAGCUCGUAUAGUUUUAAAGAACUGGACGUUCUUAAGAAACUCAAGUCUUCUCUCGCGGCGAAAAAAGCCGAGUGCAAACUCAAUCGAAGGAAGACGUGGAGCGCCGGAACGUUUCCGAUCGCGAAUCUGACGAUGCUCGAGCGAUUUCGGAAGCCGAUUACUGGUUCCGAUGGUAUUGUCAUCGACCAGAGGGAAGACAAAGAGACCGUCAAAGGGUUGGCGAGUCAGAGUCUCCCUGAGAUAUUGACGAGCAGUGGUGUUGUGCCAAAAGAAGACAGAGGCAGUGUGGAAACACCAGUUGAAAGUGCCGAACAGUUGGUUACCAGUGAAGAGGAUUUCUGCUACACGAAGUCAAUGCCAGAGGGUUUAAACAAGCAGCCUGCCUCUGACGUCAUCGAGGUCUCCCAGUCACCCCGUGGCUCCAUCAAUGCUCAAUCAGUUCCUGAUCUUCUUAUCCAUCCUGGCCAAGAGUCACCUCGCCAGACAUCCUCGCCAAAGAUGGAACCUCGACAACUUAAGCCCAGUAUUUCAUUGACCAGAGUAGUGUCUAUGAAGGCAUCGCUAAUGAAGAACGCUAUCAUUAGUGGCUGGAAACGAAAAGGUCGCCGUGGUAGUGGAAUCGCUGCCUUAGACCCAGAACUGUCCGAUAUUCACGGUUGUUUAUUCCGCAAGAAAGGUCUUCAUUGGAAACUGCGUUGGUGCGCCGUUAGCGCUGAGAUAUUUUACGUUUAUCGCGAUUCACAAUAUUCACAAGAAGAUUUCAGGUGUAAUCUGCGAAAGUGUGUUGCUGUAUCAACUUGCCUGGAGCCGGGCCGGUCGCACAGCUUUAAACUAGUACGACGCAAGGGAGACGAGAUCUUGCUUGCAGCCGAAGAUGGAAGUGAGUUAUGGAGAUGGUUGAGUGUCCUUCAGAGAGCGACAUCAAAAUCUCAUUCAUCUGAAGGUGAUGUCAGUCGUUCCUCUUCACUGACAGUCAGUUUAUUUGGCAGCGAUACAGUUGGCGAUAGUUCCGCUGCAGAAGAUACGCCUCCUGAGAAGAGAAACAGCAAUUACUGUGAAACGACGGACAAAGAUUCUUCAGACGAGCAAAGUACGACUAGCAGUAUAUCCACCAAGAUUAGAUCACGUGGUUUACCGGAGAGAGGUUAUGUUUAUUAUCUGGUGAAGCAGGACACGUGGGAACACUGUUGGAUGGAAGUUAGCUUCGGCGUUUUGAGUAUUUACAACAACGAAACCAGAGAAACAGCAUUACAGCGGGAUCACGUGGCCCUGUGUGAUGUACAACAGGACAGUGCUAACGGCCAGCGGGCGUAUUCAUUUGUACUUAAAAAGCCAGGUCGACAUCCGAUAUAUUUUGCUGUUGAUACUGAACGAGAUUUCUUGAAGUGGAAGGAAUGUUUUAAUUCGUGGAAGAAAAGACCAGUAGAAGAAAGAUCAAACCCCACAGAAGAAAUACCAGAACGGGCUUCUGUCAAGAGAAACUACCUUGAUAUUCCUAGAUCAUCGCCGGUCGGUGAAACGCCUGUUACUAGUGAUAGCGAUUGUUGUGGCGAGGGGACGGACUCAAAGGCUAACGAGCUGGCUGAAAGACCCAAAAUACGUAGGUCGAUGACCGAUGUCUUCUUGCAGAUCACCCCGAAGUUGAAAAGAACGAGUCAAUCGAGCGUCGGUGCCCAUGAAACCGACAAUUGUGUCAUCAAAAAUGGUAAAUCGUCGUUCCUGUACUACAAAGCGAGCAGUGGUCUUUGGGUCAAGUACUGGUGUGUUCUGGACUUAGCUGUGAUAUAUUGCUUCAAUUCCCCAGAGGAUAGCGUGGCGAGGUUCUCCGUGGAGAUACAUGGUUGCGAAAUAAGGCGCACCAGUUGCAAAUCAAAGAAUUUUACGUUCGACGUGUUCAACCGAAAUGCGGACAAGCAUUACGAGUUUGCAGGCGAAUCAACUUAUGUCAUGUAUGCGUGGAUGAGGGUACUGAAAAUUGCCGCUGGUUCAGAGGGAGGAAAAGGUAGUAACAGUAGUGGCGAGUCAUUCAGCGCAACCAAAUAUGAAGAACCAGUUGCUGGUAACGAGAAGACUGUCGAGAAUGUCUUGAGAACGAAAUAUUUGAAAACAAAGACAACGUUCAUGAUAUCGUCUCAAGCCCUCCGGAGAGCACCACCACCAGCCCGCGGACAUCUGUAAGCGUUCCUGCAUCGCCAAAGAAGAAAGGCAAAAUAACGGGCCUAGAUGAAGUACUCAAGUUACUACAUGAGAAACGCCUGGAACAGGAAUUGCUGACUAAGAAACAAACGAAAUCUGAAAGAGUCCGAAUGAGAUGGCAACACUCAAUGCUAGUCGUACUUCGGAAAACGCGCCACUCGCGCUCGCAAUCGAACUCUGACAUUAUGAAAUCUUCGGGUAGUUUCGGCUCGGACUCGGGAAAUGUCGCUACGAGUCCGGAAUUGGACGAAAAAGCUGCGAAAGAAAAAUACCGUGAAAUCUCCAGCAAAUACGACAGUAUCCUGGAAGAUGAACGACUUAAAAUGCUUCGUCGGGAGACUUUGCUCAAGAAAAGACGAAAUUCGCUAAUCUUACGUCAUGAUAUGCUGCAGAAGAAGUUGGGUAAAAUUCAAGAAGCUGGCAAAACGACGCUAAAAAAACGGCAGUCAAAGUCCGAUGCGAAAGAAAUGUCGGCGUCGUUUUCAAAAGGCGACAACGAAGAGGUGUUGAAGCAACUUGCGGAUAUCAAUGCAGAACUUGAUGGGAUAAAACAGGAUAUAGCGAGCAACCACGAGGAACAACGUAGGAUAGGCGAUGACCUUAAUGAACAAAAGCGUCAAGAGCUACGCGAAUUAAGAAUAAACGCAGACUUGAGUCCACAAACGUCCAAGGUGAAUUUACAUGAAAACAAAACUCUGCAUCGCAGACAAGUGUCCGACUCGUCUUUGAACGAUAGCUAUCGGAAAAUGACGGUGAACCUGGAUAAACUUAAACUGCCUUUAACACAUACGGUUUCGACGCCCUCCGGCGAUUUAAGAACAAAGGCAAAGUCAUUUUCGUCAGCGUCGGGCGUUCCGAAGACAAGGAGCAGUCCGCUUUUGAGAACUAAAACAUACGAUAGCACGGACGGUGUAAAAAGACCCAAAGCAAAGUCCCGCGCAAGUCAAGAAACACUUUCACUGGCUCUCUCGCAAAUUGAGGAUUUCGAGGCUUUUGUUCAGGAUUCAUAUCGAAACUGUGGCGCAGAUAUUGGUUGUUAAUAGAGCCUGGAAACAGAGACAUGAAAAAAAGUCAGGAAAUUCCACACAUAGUCGCCCAGUAAUGCUGCUAUCGUAACAAACUUUAUACCCAAAUUCGUGGCUUUGUCUUAUAUCAAGACGUGAAUAAUAUUUCCUGGGGAAAACGACGAGAGAUUUCAGGCAACACCAUUCUGACACGAUGAUAUGGAAAGCUCGUUUCAUUGAAAAAUGCAUGAAUGCCUGCUGUUUGUUACCUUUGCAAUCUUUGCAAAUUUAUUUGGUUUCAUGAUUUUGAGCACACGCAAACAUCCAUUUGGAAUAGCAGCGCUAUUUACAAGAAAUAGAGUUACGAUCGGUCAGAUUUUCCAUUGGAGUCAUAAUAUUUAAGACCAGUUUCUUGUUUAUAGUGCAAUUUUGGACAAGAAGUGCGUAGGUUCUUAAAUAAAUCGUUGUUCUAACUUAGCUUAUGUUUAUAAAGAGGUGUACUCUGACACUUUGUUUUUUUUACCAUCCCUUGAAUCUCUCCUGGUAAGUUCUGUUGACUCACCUCAUAACUCAAGUUUCCAAGUUUUUAAAUUGUACAUUUUACGGUUACAUAGACGAAGGUGUUCAGUUUUAAUCAGACCUUUUUGUCUGUUUUUAUAAGCUAACAUGUCUAUAAAAACAUUUCCCACGAAGAUACUAUACGCACAGCAUAUAAUUAUUCAUGCCUAUAUCCAUGUACAGUAUUACUAGAUAUACAAAUUUUUUAAAAAAAUUGAACUUUAAAGUUAAUCUUAAUUGCACCACAAUUUGCACAAUGAAUAUAUAUAUUAAA